GGGUGCGCCACGAGCAAGCGUAUAUCUCUCCCGUCUGCGAGCUCCGAGACUCGGUAACAGUAACACCGAACACGUGCGGUAUUAAAUUCUGUUUUAAUUGUAGCUCAUCGCGAUGUGUUUGUGAUAUUGAAAUUUUGUGAUCUUCUGCAAAAAUGGUUCAGGCAAUAGAUGAGAUGGAGCAGCGAGAUCUGCCUCAGGCACUAAGCUUGCUUGGAGAGAUGAAUAAAAAUGUUGAAGAAGUCAAUGCAUUAGUCGAGAAUAUGCUCAAGAGAGUAAAAAAUGGAGAGAUCACAACAGAUAAAGGCCUUAACUUUUUAGAAAUGAAAUAUCAAAUGCUUUUAUCUUACCUUAUAAAUUUAACUCACAUUGUAUUGAGAAAGUGCUCCGGAGAAAAAAUUGAAGAUCAUCCAUCAAUUGAUCGUUUAAUUGAAAUAAAAACAGUAUUGGUAAAAAUUAAGCCAAUUGAACAAAAUUUCAAUAAACAGAUUGAAAAAUUCGUCAAAACAGCUGCCACAGGCACCAGAGAUUCUGACGAUCCCAUUAACUUCAAACCUAAUCCUAAUGCUCUUAUUGGAAAAUUGGAUGACUCUGAUGAAGAAUCAGAAAGUGAUGAUGAAAUAAAGGAAGCAGGCCCCAAGCCUAAGAAAUCUGGAAUUUAUGUUCCACCCAAGCUUGCUGCAGUUCACUAUGAUGGAGAUGUAUCUGCAGCUGAUAAAACACGCAGAGCUGAAGAAAGAGCUAGAAGAAGAGCAGUAUCUGGAACUGUACUGCAAGAACUGAAAGAAGAGUUUUUGGAUGCUCCUAUUGAAGAUUCUGCAGACAUAAGUGAAAAACAGUCCAGUUUUGGACGUGAAAAUAAAAGAAAAAUUGAAUAUGAAGAAACCUACAUGACUCGUCUACCAGUUACAAAAGCAGAAAAGCAUAGACAGCGACAGAUGACUACACUUGGAACACUUGGAACUGAAAUUACUAGUUUUGGAAGUGGUCCUUCAGGAAAGAAAAGGAAAGCUAAAGGAAAAGGAAAAUCUAAAAAGAGUUUCAAAAAGAAGAGACACCAUUAAAUCCAAGCCGUCUCGAAAAUAAGUUUGUGAUACCUGAUAAGAAAAAAGCCAAUAACAAUUGAAAUACUACCUUGUGCUAAUUAAAUUAUAGCAUGGCAACAUACCAAUACAGGAGCACAUUUCUUACCAUCAAAUGGAUCAAAUUAGUAAAAUGGUAAUAAAAAUGGCAUAGAGAAUGAUCAAAUUUAUUAUCAUCAUUAACAGUCAUAUUUAUCACAAUUUUUGUUAACAUUGUUAUUGGAAAACGUUAUCAGUAUCACUUUUUAUAAACUAAACUGCACUAGAAUGUAAUUACACAGUACUCAUUUUUUGUUAUUUAAAAAAGUGAGAAUCAGUGUUGACCGGUAGUUUUAUCUUUUUUGAGUCUAGUUUCAGUUGUACGGCUCUAAAAGUAAAUCUUCUAAGCAUGUAUAGUAUUUAUUUCUUAGUAUUUACCAACCGUAAACUAAAAAUAUUAUUUAUUUUGUUUCGUUUAUUUGAUAAUAUUAUUGUAUAAAUUAUUGUAAUUUAGUUUUUAUAAAAAUAAAUUGUUUUAUUAUUUAAAAAAAAAAUACUUGGUCUGGCAACACUGAUCAUACAAUCGAAUUUAAUGAGAAUAUGAUGAAAUAAUUGAAGAGAUAGUGGCUUUCUAAAAAUGGAAAAAUAUUGCUAGCCAAAUAAUCGUCGGUCGUGAAAAGUCAUGAUUGAAUUUUAAAAUUCUUAAAAUAUUUUAAGUAGUGUUGAUGAUCAACGGCACUUCCUGAAUUGUUACAAUGCGUAAAAAUCACAAGACAUCUCAAAGCAAAAUCGUUUAGGCUACGUCGAAAGUAAAAAAAAAACUCCACUAACCUUUGGGACUAUUAAAAUUUUUCCGAUUAAUGCAUAAAAAAACUUAUAACUUAAUCAUAUGUCUUAGGAUUUUCUCGCUGUUCUAGAAUAAUUAUAAUAGAUUAGAAUAAGCAUUAUAGUCAUUUUCAUUUUUAUAAACCAUUAUUCAAUGUUGAGGCUUUUCGAACUUUCACUGAGCUUGGGCUCAAUAGUUUCAUUUUCCACAAAAGAAACCUUUUGUUACUAAAAGAGUAACAUUUUAAAGCUGAAAUCUGAAUGCAUGCAACGUUCAGAAAUUGAAAUUCAAAAUUGAUGCAAUAAUUUUCUUAUAUAGUUGUUUUAUGAACUGGUUUUCUUUCAUUAAAGGAGGAAGAAAGCACGUAAUGUUGAAUUUAAAAAAGGGGGUCAAGUGGGAAAAGUUACUUCUAUGUGAAAAAAAGUAUAAAAAUUAUUUACAAAAAACUUUCGGCUCGUAUUAAUUUCUAAAAUUGACAGGCACUGGAUACUAGCAUAAGCUUUAAGCUUUUCAGGGACCGUAAUGCUGAAUCCAGAAAUCAGUAAUCGAUCUGAAAUUUAGAAUCAGCAUUGUGAUUCGUAUAAAUUUUCGGCGUAAUUUUUGGCAACAUUUCACUCAUCGAUUGUGUUAGUGAAGUAAUUCGCAAUACCUGCCAAUUGUACAUUAUAAAAUGCUUGCGCCAAUUUUUUAUCGGCUCGAUCAUUCAUAGUGCUAUAUUUUUUACAAAGAUGUUCAUUGUUUGAGCCGAUUGGCGAAGCACGACAUUGCGUGCGCUUCUUUCUAUCCGAAUCUGUGACGAAGAUUAAAAUGUGAUAAAUUAUUCUUAUGCAAUAGUAUGACGAAAAAUGUCUUUUUUCGCACAUUUUUUAGUGCGCAA